AUGCCUGCCUCGUCCCCAUCCCUGCGAUGCCCGCGGCUAGGGGGAUCCAAAGCCUUCACCGUGCCGCCACCGAACCACACCUUCGCUCGCGGUGCCUCUGCCCCCGCGUCGCACACACCCCGCAUCCGCUCUCCUGUCCCUUCCCCUCCAGCGAUUCGGCCUCCCACCCGUGCUGCACACACCUCGCCGUCACUUUUGUCCAUCCCACCUCCCCCCGCGGUUGUGUGCUGCCCAGCCCAUCUCCGCUCCUCGACAAGACCAAUGGCGACUGUUGUGUCCUCCGCUCUGCACGCCGUUGGCGCCGUCGCCUCCGCCAAGCCCAGAUCCGUCGCCCCCGCGGUGGCGAGGAGGAGGAGCGUGCGCAUGGAUCCCCAGCAUGUCGCAUGA